AUGCACCCCGUCUCCGUCCUCACAUUUGGCAUCUUCUUGGCCGGCUACAUCACCGCUCGCUGGGACCUGGUUACUCGGCUGUAUGAGCUUGCCAUCUUUGCCUGGGACCACGGGGUUAUAACACGCGCAGCAAAAGGUUUUGCCAUUCUGUCCAUUUUCUUCCUCGCCCUCCUGAUACCCAUCGAGCGCAUAGCAGCGCGAGAGUCGGAUCUUCAUCCGCGAACGAAAGACUCCGGCAUAUCAGCGCGCGAGCAGCUCAGGCGACGCGGCUCGUUUUGA